AGGUUGACAAGAGCCGCACGUUCGUCGCGGCUUAUUGAACACCGCAAUUCUCGGCACGCCCUCGACUCCUCUCCUUCCUGCACCACAACAACACCAACCUCAUGGCAUCCCAAAUUCCUACAUCCCCUGAACCUGCAGAAGGUAACCGGGCAUCAGCAGAUCUUCCGAUGAACCCAUUAAUAGCAGCGCAUCUGGAUCCUAUCGCGAAUCAAUACGGCUCAAGCACAAAACACCCUGGCAACGGAUCGACCUCCUCCUCUGCUGCUGCCGCUGCCGGGAGUGUGACCGCCUCGGGUGCCCGCACUUCUAUAUCAUCAUCAACAACACGAGAACCUUACCGAUCGUAUCGGAAAAAAUAUCGCAAGCUGCGCCUAAAGUUUGAUGCUGCGAUGCGAACAAACGAAGAUCUCACAAACCUCGAUGUCUCUGCCAGACGAAGUAUCAGACGAUUGAACGGUGAAAAUUCGCGACUACUAGACCUCCUCAUCGAUCUCACAGAAUCAGGACAUAUAGAGGAGACUCUCUUAGUCAGCGGUAUCGAUGUCGAAGGCAACAGUCCUGAAGAGAUAGAACGCGAGAAAAAGAUUCAGGAGCUGUUGGCCAAGCCAACGUUCACACAAAAGAAGAACGGAGACGAUUCCAAAAAUGGCGACGCCGCUGAAGGAGACUCAACCGGAGAGAACGGACAUGCCUCGGGUGCGAAGAACUCUGUCGGAUCGGACGCAGAGGAUCAUGCAUUUCUGAAUGAACAGAUGAUUAUGCUACAGAACGACUAUGAAUCAGAUUACUAGUAUUGUGAGGGGCGGUGUUGUAUUUGCGUCAAAAUACUGGAGUUUUAUUUUUUUGUGUUUUGGGUUUACGAUACAAUGUCGAGGUUUUUGUAUAUAUAUGGAUUUUAAUUUGGCCUUUAUCUUGUGCGU